AUGCAUUUUCAGCUACUGUCAACUUUGCUGUGCCUCCUGCUUACCACUCAACGCUCUGUCGAGGCAAGUUAUAUAGACGCACCGAACGUUUUCAACGAAGCACCAAAUGUUGCUGCUUUUGCCACGCCCAUACCAUGUGACUCGCCGUCUUUGCAGGGUUAUGGCGCCGCUGCCUUCGCUAAGCCGCUCGUUUUCGCUUCUUACCCCGUGAGUUACGCGCAAGUGCCACAGUACAAUUACGCAGCGCCUGCGCCAGCAUUUGUGAAAUAUGCCGCUCAGCCACGUGUAAAAGUCACCGCCGGCUUGCCUGUAACCACUACAUAUACAACUGCUGUUGGCUUCGCAGCACCGCAAGUGCCAAAUGUCGGUGCUCCUUUAACAUUUCCAGCUGCGCCCGCACCAGCCACAUUUGCAGCGCCAACUGCAGCUUAUGGCGCUGCGGUGGCUUUUGCUGCGCCGCCACCCUUCUUAGGUCCAGCGAGCUAUGCCGCACCCACAGUGUUUUCUGCAGGCUCUCCCUUUAAGAAAUUUCGCGCCCCUUUGCCGGUGGCAGGAUACUCAUACGCCCAGGGUAUACCGAACGCGGCGUGGUAGGGAAUUACAAGUGUAAAUAAUUUUUAGUGAAAUAAAUAUGUUUUUUGAGAAAUAUUGAGUGAAUAUUUUCUUGUUUCGUAUAACUAAGACAAAAUGUU